UUGACAGCAUUUUGUUGUCGGUUUGCUGGCAAAAGAUUAUCUGGUUUUGUUAUCAGUAAAACCACGGGUAAAUUAACAUUCCAUUUAGUACCAAUAAACUACCUCACAGGCAACGGAAAUAUGAUAGUUAACAAAGAAAUACCUUUCGAUUCGUCAUGUCUUGAAAAGGUUUACAUAAAUUUGCGCAGCGUUGAACGGUCGGUUGACCUGCUGACAUCGUCGCUUAUCAAACAGCAAUCGUCGGCCGAGCUGUUGAAGUGGACACUGAAAGCACUUAGCCUAACGGAUCUGACGACGUUGAGCGGUGAUGACACACGAGCAAAUGUCGAAAGAUUGUGCUUCAGAGCGGCUUUUCCGUUUCCGGAGAGACUAACCGAUCCGAAGCUUUAUGGCAGCAUCCACACAGCUGCUGUGUGUGUAUAUCCUAGCCGCGUGGGCGAUGCUUACGAAGCGCUUAAAUCAUUGGGAAAAACGAAUGACAUUCAAAUAGCAGCCGUUGCCACAGGUUUUCCAUCCGGACUGUACCCACUGCCUUCUCGACUGUUGGAAAUCAAAUAUGCUAUCAAGCAGGGUGCAACCGAAAUCGACAUCGUUGUUGACCGGAGCCUUGUACUUCGUAACGACUGGAGCCAGCUGUACAAUGAAAUCGUCCAAAUGCGACACGCUUGCGGUGAUAAGGCACACUUGAAGACCAUCAUGGGUAUCGGAGAAUGUGGCACUAUGGUCAAUGUCUACAAAGCAUCAAUGGUGGCAAUGAUGGCCGGUUCGGAUUUCAUCAAGACAUCAACCGGAAAGGAAGCCGUCAAUGCCACGCUGCCGGUGGGUUUAGUGAUGAUUCGUGCCAUUCAAGAAUUCUACAGACUAACCGGAAAAAAAAUCGGUCUUAAACCUGCUGGUGGUGUUCGUACGGUUAAGGAUGCGGUUGCGUGGUUAAUUAUGAUACAGGAAACGUUGGGUGCUGAAUGGUUAACACCGGAGUUGUUUCGCUUUGGGGCGUCUGGUUUGCUGGACGAUAUUGAAAAACAGUACUACAAUCUCUCGAGAAAAGUUAAAUAGUCGCAGGUUAAAGGAUUUGGUAUAAAAAGUGAUUUUAUUCGAAUUUGUACAAUACAAUAAAAAUAAAUAACUAGAAGAUUA